AGACCUACACAGCUGCUGUUUCCUGAGACCUACACAGCUGCUGUUCCCAGAGCCCUUCACAGCUGCUGUUCCCUGAGACCUACACAGCUGCUGUUUCCUGAGACCUACACAGCUGCUGUUCCCAGAGACCUACACAGCUGCUGUUCCCAGAGACCUACACAGCUGUUGUUCCCUGAGACCUUCACAUCUGUUCCCUGAGACCUACACAGCUGCUGUUCCCAGAGAGCUUCACAGCUGCUAUUCCCUGAGACCUACACAGCUGCUGUUCCAUGAGACCUACACAGCUGCUGUUCCACGAGACCUAUACAGAUGCAUUUCCUUUACCCCUGUACAGCUGCUGAUCCCUGAGACCUACACAGCUGCUGUUCCCUGAGACCUACACAGCUGCUGUUCCCUGAGACCUACACAGCUGCUGUUUCCUGAGACCUACACAGCUGCUGGUCCCUGAGACCUACACAGCUGCUGGUCCCUGAGACCUUCACAGCUGCUGGUCCCUGAGACCUACACAGCUGCUGGUCCCUGAGACCUACACAGCUGCUGGUCCCUGAGACCUACACUUGCUAUUUGAGCUCCUGUAUGAUUAUUAAUAAUAAUGGUUCUGGGUUAUCCUAGAUUUUAGCGGUUAAAUGACAUCAUUGGAGGACAAAGUGACUGUAAGUCGGGCAGAGGUGGUGACAGAGAUCCUGAAUGUAACAUUGGGUGAGGAGGCAGUAGACUUGGCUAGCAAUGACAUAUCAAAGUCACUUGACACCUCUCAAGUUUCUGUAGAAAGUGAAUCAAUUAAUAGUGAGGUCAUGGAUACAACUGUAGAGACCUCCAGUGAGUCGGCCCUACAGUCACCGGACUCAGCCAUUGGUGUGACUCCUUCGUUGACACCAGAUCAAGAGUUCCAGAAUAGAGUGCCUGAAAAGGUCAUUUUCAAACCUACACACAUGAAAGAAGACACACCAGAACCAACUAAGGUAAAAAUGGUGGAAAUUAUUGAACCAUUGAGACAAAGAGGAAAUGAUGAGGAAGAUCGAAGCCUUAUAUCCGUUGUUGUUGAGUCAGAUCAGAACCUGCAUGAUUUUGAACAGCAGAAUUCGAUUCAGGGGGAUAACCAUGUGAAUUCAGAAGAUGGUUAUGCAGAUGAUGUAGAGCACAUUGAAGAUGAGGCAGAGGAUACCAUUAGUGACACUGAAGUGGUUUUAUCGGCAUCCAUGCAGUUUCCAUUAAGUAGUAAACCUGAACGAGAGGAGAAUGUGGAGGGCAGCUUGCAAGUGGAGAGUGAGCAUGAAGGCAUCAAGCAAGAGAGACACUCACCUUUAGAGUCCAGCACUGGGGUGACCGUUGAAGUGCGGAGCCAAGUUUCAGUGUCUUCUACUAAAGAAGGAAGUCCAUCUGGUUGUGACAGUGAUGUGGAAGAUAAUGAUGAACAUAGUGAGAAAGAACCCUUGGUUUCCCUGUCUCAGCCCAAGUUAGCUGUUGUCAGUCGGAUUCCGAGCUCUCUGGAGAUGCCAGACACUGUCACCCGUCUUGAUAAUGCUCAAGGAAGCUCCGUCUUCCUGGUUGGAACAGCACACUUUUCAAGAGAAAGUCAAGAAGAUGUUGCAAAUACCAUAAGACUUGUAAAACCAGAUAUUGUUGUAGUGGAGCUCUGCAAAGCACGUACAGCUAUCUUACAGUUGGAUGAAGAAACCAUUCUUGAGGAAUCGAGAAGUCUCGACUUCAAAAAGAUGCAGAUGAUUCUGCGUCAGCAUGGGAAGAUUCAAGGGAUUUUGUACCUUCUCCUACUCUCUGUAUCUGCUCACAUAACCAAGCAACUAGGAAUGGCUCCUGGUGGAGAGUUUCGCACUGCUUUUGCUGAGGCUCGGAAGUCAGCUCCAGGGUGUCUAAUUCAGCUUGGAGAUCGGCCUAUACAGAUAACUCUGUCUCGUGCCCUGGCCUCUCUCUCUCUGUGGCAUAAGGUCAAACUCACUUGGCAUAUACUUACAUCCAAGGAACCGAUUAGCAAAGAGGAGGUAGAGAAAUGCAAGCAACGAGAUUUCAUAGAGGAAAUGUUGGCUGAGAUGACUGGACAGUUCCCUGCUAUUAGUGAAGUGUUUGUUAAGGAACGUGACCUCUACUUAUGCCGUUCACUGCAGGCUGCAGCGCAGGCAAUUCCUAACCCCUUGUCUCCUUCAGGACUCUCCCCUCGAGUUGUUGUUGGUGUGGUUGGGAUUGGCCAUGUACCUGGCAUUGUGACUCACUGGGGUAAAGUCACCGAUGCUGAUAUUGCUCCUAUCAUGAGAAUUCCUCCUCAGUCUCUCUCGAGUAAAAUUUUGAAAAUUACGUUCAAAAUGUCCAUAUACGGUCUUCUUGGUUACGGCGUGUACAAGUGUUUACCAACUACGGCAAAGUCUGCAAUCAAUUCAUCUGUCCAGUCAGCAGUCACAUCUGUUUCAAGUGUUUUACCAAUAUGGAGAAAAUAAGAGAAGAAGUUAUUGAAGAGACCACUGAAUCAACAACAGGUGAACAUAGUACAAGUUCAUUGCAAACAAAAGAUGUGGAGAAAGCUGUGACUCCUCAGUCUAUAACACUUUCACAGAAUAUAGUUGCAAAGAAAAUGGCCAUA